UGAAAAUCUCAAUACAUACACACUUCAGAACUAUGCGAGGCCAGACUCGAAUCUCGCUAUUAGUCUCCCGCUGCCCAGAUGUAAAUUUUUCCUCAGCUGAUCAUCCAGCCAACCGUACGUGGACCGUCAACAGACUAUGUACAGUCCCUGGCCACCACCACUGCCUCUGCCGGUGCCCUCCCCACCCCCCUUCUAUCCUUCAUUCCGGUUGUCAAUGUCAGCAGGGCUGUAAAUAAAAAAAUAUCAGAGUUGGAAUUCUAGCUCCAUGAACCUACAGCAACCUAGAUCUUUAGCAAAAAUUCAACGCGCAUUUUGACAACACCGCUCUUCUCUGUCUACAACGUUGAUUGAUGGCUAGCCAAUCAGCCCUGCAAACUCGAGCUGCUUGUCGGUGCUAGUCUAUGUACUUCGCCAGCCAAGUCGCCCCUGUUAUGUGGGAUUCAAAGCACCGGCUGGCUAUCUCCGUCUCCCUCCUCUGCAUAAUCUGGUAGUGUUUUAGAACUCUCCCAUCAUCAUCAUCAUCCUUGGCUCCAUCUCACUCCCAUCCAACUUCUCCAUGAGACUAGAGAGAUAUGUAUUAUAUUAAAACAUAUUCCUUUUUUACACUCCAAUAACAGCCCGCCAACCGCACAUUCACGCAGACAAUCCUAGGCUGACAUCCAACUACCCAUCUCCCAACCCCAAUACAUUUUUGGUUUUUCUUUUUUUUUUUUUAAGAAAAAAAGAAAAAAAAGAAGAAGCCAAAUCUCGCUCCUCUCUGCGCGUCUGAAAUACGUUCGUUCGUUUCUCCUAUUCGAAACACACCACUAUCGUUUCUUCCAAAAAUUCCGAUCAGCUCCCUAUUCAAAGCCCAGGCGAGCUAAUUUCCUCCAGAUACUCCUACCGUCAUUGAGCCAUCUGGCUUCUUGAGUGGGCGCCGAGGGCGAGCAGAACCAACCAACAACCAACCGACUUUGGAAAGAGAGAGAGAGAGGGACAGAGUGUGGAGUCAGCCUGAGAUCAAAAAAUAAAAUAAAAUAAACAAUUGGAUUUCGCGACUCCUUGAAUCCGUUCGACAUCACGCACGCGUCAACCAUAUCAUCACAAGUUGCUUAAACUCCCACCUUUGCAUGCACAAUCGGGCAAACACAAAGAACAUAUAUUUAAAUAAAUAAAUAUUUAUUCUUCAAACAUUUAUAAUUCAUAUAAAACCUAAAACUCGAGAUGGAGCAUCAGAUCUCAUUAACAAUCCGUGGCCAAGACCAUUCGAGGCAAUGUUCAGAACUGCAGUCGGAUUCGCGUAUGGAGCGAGAGGACGGGGAUACCACAGACUGUCUGCACUCGCCCAACUACCUUCCCUCAGGAUUCCCCAAAGAGCCGAUCAUCGCGAGGACCUCGAAGUUGGUCUCGAAUGCUGAGACUGCAGACUCGGCCGGCCAGAGGCCAUUCACCUAUUGCACGCCGAUCAUCCGACCGAUCGGCGAAAGCAGUCCGGCUCUCCGACCGCAAUCGAUCCUCGAACACGACCCCACCAUCCACGUACCCGCCCAUGGACAACUCGCCAACGACCCGAUCCUUGACGCCUUCCGCUUGGCUACUUCCCCACGUUGGUCGCCUGCGCCCCGGACCAAAUUGCUCUUCUGGUGGGGCUUUCUAUGCCCUCCACUCUGGCUCUACGGCUCCCUGUAUAUCCUUCCAUCCCUGAGACGUCGCCUGACUCGGAAACAGAACAUUCCUAAUCCUAACCGUCGGGCCCGACGGGGACAAAUCCUCUCUUAUCUCUCCCAGCUCCGAGGGCCGUUCUCGAAAGGGGACGUCGAAGUCGGUACGACCACUGUGGUCGUCGUUCCUAGGUCCAAGACCCUCUUCGACCAUUCGUCCGAAACCGUGAUGAUUACCGACUGGAGUCCGGGUUGCAUCAGUUCGGCGGAACGGUUGGAUGCGGCGGGAAUCAAUGCCAGUGAAUGGCUUCAUCCGGAUCCCCGGACAGAAGAAGCCCUGACUGAGCUCGACAAACGCGAACGAAGGGGCGCCUAUCAUUGCUUGCUAGCCUUCCUUCUCUUCGCUAUCAUCCUCGUCGUCUCCGUGAUCAUCAGCCAGAAGGUCCAUUGGCCUAUCCACACCUCCGCUCACUUCACUUCCUCCGAAAACGAGCCGACGAUGGCCAACAAUAAUCUGCUCGGCGCGUCCAGUCAUUCUAGUCCCCUCUAACACCCCCUCCUGCCACCCCCCCCCCAAAAAAAAAAAAAAAAACUACACAUCCUCCCAUGGUAUGCUUUGGGUAAUUUAUCUCCUCCACAAUCCUUGUGUAUUACUUUCUUAUGUUAUCUGACUGAUUUCAUCUAGCACUUUCCACCCACUUCAAUUUCCAUUAUUCCUCAUUUUUUUGUUUCUUAUAACAAUUCUCAUUUUUUUUUCUCAUUCUCCACAUGAUAGAAUUAAGCUUGAAAGAUCUAUUAUAAAGAGCUCUUUAUCAGUGGCUUCAGUUCUGUUAUUUAUUCCAAGCUCCUCUCGCAAAUUCUUGGGUUUUCUGAUACACACAAACACACACAUAUAUAUCUUUCACAAAACCCUCAGGUUUUUGAUUCUCCUCCUCCAAUCUUCUCCUUUCCAUAUAUAUAUAUAUAUGUCACUAACCCUAGCCUGCGCUUCUCCCCCGUUUUGUUUCCUCCUCUGCAACCGGUUGCCACUGUACUUCAAGUAGUUGUAUUCCAUCUCUUUAUUUUUUCUUGAUUGCUUUUGUUGCGUUUAAGCUUAGUUUUUAGUGAUGCUUUAUUUGAUUCUAAUGUUUAAUUCCAGUUUGUUUUUUAUUUUUUGAGCGACUUAGUUCUUGAGCGUGUGUAGCACGGUUGGAUAGCGGGGGGGGUCGUCAUGAUGAUGGUGAUGUGGCUCCUCUACAUGGCUCCAACCGGCGAGCUGUUGCGUAUUUCAAGUCAAGUUUUGUUCUUGGGUCGUUGCCUUUUUUUGAGAAAGACGGUUUUAACCGCCCCCUCCCUGGGCGGUGACAGGG